AUGAACAAAAUCGGCCUAUUCUUUUGUUGGGAAAAAUAGCUUAAACCACACAACGAGGGUUGAAAAUAUCGUUAUGUGUGAUAUUAUAAAGCAUUUUGCUGUGAGUGUAUGCUGUGGAGUAUACAGUGCGAUAUCGGUUCUUUCUAGGUGUGUCGAAGGCAAGGGAGAGAACGAAGGUUUACAUCAUGACCGAGUUCCUUAAUUCAACAUCAAUCGCUGCUUAUGCAGUGGUUAUCACCGCAGUGAUCGCUAUCUUAAACAUGGUAAGAAAUGCCAUGAACAAGAGAGAAGAAAAUGAUGCGAUUGCUAAAAGUGGAGGGCGAAGUCUUCCAGGACCAUGGGGUCUUCCUAUUAUUGGUAACAUGCUGUCCGUAGACACAAACAACCUUCAUCUAUCUAUGAUCAAGCUCGCCAAGGACUAUGGAAACGUGUACAAGCUUCAGCUAGGUAGCCGUCCAGUCCUUGUCUUAAAUGGAUUUGAAGCCAUCAAACAGGCAUUGAUUGAGCAACCAGUCGUCUUUGCAGGUCGACCUGAUCUCUAUACCUUCAAUCUCAUUAACAGUAUGAGUAUCUAUGGCCCAGCUCUUGCCUUCAAAACACAUAGCGAGCAAUGGAAGCUACAUCGAAGUCUUGCCGAGAACUCUAUCCGGCAUUUCUCUGAAGGUGGUCGAGCACAGUUCUUUGAGGAUCUGAUGAAAGGUGAAGCAGAAGAACUUGUAGGACACCUGAAGGCUUCCCGGACCGAAGGAAUAUCCGCUAUUCAACGUCUACUUCGUUUGUCUGUGACCAAUCUCAGCCUUUCGUAUUUAUUCAGUAAACGUAGUUCCUAUGAUGACAAGACCCUCGCAGAUAUUCUCUCUUUGACAUCUGAUUUCGAAAAGCCUUCUGGGAGUGGGAGUGCCUUGGACUUCUUUCCUUGGCUAAGAUAUAUAACUACCAAAUCUGUGACCCCAUUGAAGAACUUUCGGAAGAGGUUUGGAGAAAUCCUAGUUGGAGUCAUUGAAGAACAUGAUUCUAUGUAUGAGUCUGGAUCUGAACGAGAUAUCAUGGGACAUCUAAUUACCACAGGGCGCAACAGUGAGGACGAACUUCAACGGUUAGGGUUGAACGGAAAGGCACUUUACCAAAGCGCCUUUGACUUUUUCCCAGCUGGUACCGAGACCAUCUUGGCUACUUUAGAAUGGAUGAUGGUUUACAUGGUCACCCAUCCUGAAGUGCAGUCUGAUGUCCAACUCGAGAUCGAUAACAUCGUAGGUCGUGAUCGUUUGCCUUCAUGGAGUGACCGUGACAAGCUUCCGUUGACUCAGUCAUGCCUUCUUGAAAUACAGCGUCACGCAGCAGCAGUUCCUUUUGCAGUACCUCACAGUACAACCAGAGAUACAGUACUUGAUGGAUACUACAUUCCUAAGGACAUGCUAGUCUUUGUUAGUCUCUACUCAGCUCAUUUUGAUCCUGAUGUCUGGGACAAACCCGAAGAAUUCAAUCCCCGUCGUUUUCUAACACUAGACGGAAAACUUGACGAGGAAAAGACCAAGCUUGCUAUUCCAUUCAGUCUCGGAGUGAGACGGUGUGUGGGAUCAGGUCUGGCUCGGAUCAAACUUUUCACCUACUUCACCACAUUCCUGCAUCAGCUUAACUUCAGAUGUCCAGAUGGUGAGAAAGGAAGUAUCGAGCCUGGCUCCCUUGGAUUCCCAAGACGUCCUAAGGUUUUCAAUGUGCAGAUCGAUCCAAGAUAAGCGCCCUCUAACGUCAUACUGGAAAAUCAAAUGAUUUAUUGAAAUUGAAUUGAAACUUUAUUUACCACAAUCUUCAUAAAAACAUACAAAUCAAAAAGUAUAAUAUUUCAAUAAAAUACAUUAUGACAAAAGUGAGUAUAUUUAAGAAUAGUGGAAGGAUCACUGAAAAAUUACAAGGAACUUAUAAGUUAAUGAUCCUGGAAUUAACACAAAACAACACAAUUAAAAAACAAAUGCAGUAAGGAAAUACAGAUCAAACAUAACAUAAAUAUACAAAGUCUAUAUCAGUAUUACUAUUAGUUUUAGACUUUCUGCAUGAAAUGUAUUUUUAAAUGUCUUUUAAAGCUUUGAAGGGUUUUGCACUGCUUGAAAUUUUAAGGGAUCUUAUUCCAAAUAAUGGGACCCCUACAUAAAAAUAUGUUGUUUGAGAAAGAAUAAUGGCCAUAUAUUGCACGAGUAUCAGCUGAGUUUCUAGUAUUAUAUGUAUGUAUAUCUCUACUGGUUUGGAAAAUGUUGUCAAAAUUAUUAGGCAAAAGGUUGUUAUAAUAGGAAUACAUAAAAACAGAUAAUUGAAAAUCAUGUAGUAAUGAAAUUGGGAGUAUAUUUAUAUUCAAGAAAAGAGGUCUGCUAUGACUUAGAAAGGGUUUAUGGCAUAUUAUACGAACUGCUCUCUUUUGGAGAAGAAAGAUGCGGUUCAGUAAGUGUUGCUUGCAGGAUCCCCAAACAAUAUUGCAAUAAGAUAUGUAAGGUAAAAUCAAUGAAUUAUACAAUGUAAGAAGAAUAUUUUGUGGUAAAAUGUCUUUAAGUUUACUCAUUAUUCCUAUUGUUUUGGAAACUUUCCUUAAAACCUCAUAAACAUGUGUCUUCCAUUUCAAAUCCUUGUCUAUACUUAUUCCUAAAAAUUGUGUAGUAUUUACAUGUUGAAUUAAAUUGCCAUUAAUAUAUAUAUUUACUUCUUUUGCACUAUUUUUUGGAGCAUUGAACAGCAUUACAUGGGUCUUUUCAUAAUUAAGUUGUAAUUUAUUCGCUUCAACCCAUUUGCUAACCUUUAAAAGUUCAGAGUUUAAGCUUUGAGUACGACAUUCCACAUCAUUGUGUUUAUAAAAUAUAUUUGUGUCGUCUGCAAAUAAAAGACAAUUUAAUAGUGGAGAAACUGAAUUUAAAUCAUUGAUGUAAAUAAAAAAAAGUAUGGGACCGAGGAUUGAUCCUUGCGGAAUACCGCAAGAAACAGUCUGAUAAUUAGAGUUUUUAGAAUUGAACACUGUUAAUUGUUUACGGUUACUCAAAUAACUGUGAAAUAAAUUUAAAGUAACACCACGGAUUCCAUAAUGAAAAAGUUUUUUAAAAGCAUUUUGUGAUUUAUGGAGUCAAAUGCUUUUUUGAAGUCUAAGAACAGUCCAAUAAUAAUCUCUUUGUUUUCAAUUGCUUUAGAUACACUCAUUAAAAAAUCUAAGAUGGCAUGAUGAGUGGAAUGUCCAGCUCUGAAACCAAAUUUGUUUACUACAAAGAAUUUUGUUUUUAUCAAGAAAGUUUUGAAGUCGUGUAUAGAUGCAUCUUUCAAAAAUUUUCGAAAAUAGUGGUAGUAAGGAAAUAGGUCUGUAAUUUGUAAAUAAAUCUUUUGGUCCCUUUAUAUGUAUAGGAAUAACUUUAGCAACUUUCAGACCUUGAGGUACAAUACCCUUUUCGAUACAUAAAUUAAAAAUACUGCACAGUGGUUUAGAAAUGACAUGUAUUACUCUUUUGACAACGGUGCAAUCAAUAGAGUCAAAACCAGGAGCUUUUCCAUUUUUGAAAGAUGUAACAAUAUUAAUUAUUUCUUUUUCUGUAAUAGGUAAAAAUUAAGCUGUAUAGGCACAACUUUUACCCAAGAAUGAUUCAAAGUUGUUGCAAGUGUUACUAUUAUUCAUUCCAGCUAUUUCAUGACCAAUGUUCUUGAAAUAAUCAUUGAAACCUUCAGCGAUAUUCUUGGAUUCACUAAUAAGUGUACCAUUACAUUGGAAUACAGAGGUGUUUUUAUAUUUAGUCUUUGAAAAGUGAAUCGGUGUUUGAUCCCGUGUAUGAUUACACAACAAAUGUUUGUCAUAUUGUCGUAUUAUGAAGAACAUGAAUUGUUAUAUAUUUUCAUUGUAGCCUAAACUUUAAACUAUUUGUCAACAACGAAUAAUUGUAAUGAUUGUAGGCCAAUGGAUCUUGGCAGGAACCAAUAAUAACUUCCCUAGUUAAGUAACACUUUAGCUACUGUGCACCCUGAACUAACACAAACACAGAACAAGAAAAACGAAAACAAAUUAUAUGAAAAAAAAUCAUCUUCAAGAAAUUUAUUGAAACACGUAUAUGAUUAUAAACCUUUUUUCAUUUCUAAAAGUACUUAGGGUUCUACAUCAGAUCUGAAUUCUUGCAUCAAGGCAGUUCGUUCCUAUUAUUGUAAUGUAUUCAUUGAUAACGAACUAUUGAAAACGGUCAUGUUUGAUAGGUUCCCAGGUUCAAAGCAAUAGCAGUAAUAUUUUGAACAAUGAUGAUGUUCAUAAGUUAAAAAAUGAGAUUGUUUCAUUUCUUUUUGUGAUAUGUGAGUUCAUACUUUGGGAUUUUUCGUAUGUUAUAAAUGGCUGAAGUUGAGUUCAUACUUUGGGAUUUUCCGUAUGUUAUAAAUGGCUGAAGUUCAGCCAUUCAUAACAUACGGAAAAUCCCAAAGUAUGAACUCACAUAUCACAAAAAGAUGAACUGUAAUAUUGGUGUGUAUACUUCACAAUGUUUAAAGUUUUACGUUCCUAUUACGUUACCAUGUUAUGUAUAUUGUGGUGGUCGGGAUUUUAUUAAGACAAAAUAAAGUACUAUUAUCAUGCACCAUAAGAUUUUAUCUAAUUUUUGGAUCCUCGCUAUAAUUUUAUUAUUGAUAUUUAAAGGUUUUCAUGAUGGUAUGAAUAUCGCAGAAAUUGAUUCUGCGAUAAUGAUAACGGACUAUUGUAACCAGUCAUGUUUAAUAGGUUCCCAGGUUCAAAGCAAUAGUAGUAAUAUUUUGAACAAUGAUGAUAUUCAUAAGAAUAUUGAUAACGAUAAUAAUGUAUUCGUCAAUUGCUUAAUGACUAAGAAAAAUUGAGGUGGUAUGACACGGUAUGACUGCACUCUAAAAAAUAUUGGGUAAAAGUGCUCCAUGAGGGUAAUUAUGUUUCCAACCAACAUUGGG